AAAGAAACUCGCCAACGGUGUAGCUAGCUGGACAGUAGGGUUGAGUUCAUGACGGGGUUCUGUCAUCCAGAAUAACGCAACAAUUUUGCUCAUCACCCUGGUUUUCUUAUGACAUCCUUCAAACCCUGCGACCGUAUCGCAUUAUGUUUGAGGAUCCUGAACUCCAAGAUCCGUUGUCACUGAGUCUAAUUGAAAACUAUGAUGACCAGAAUUCGCCACGUCAUGAUUCAAAGAGAUCACCAGCAAGCCCUGACUAUAAUUGUGACACACCAGAGAUUCGAGUAAUCAUUAAAGAGGAAGAGGAAGGCUGGAUUGCGAGUGAAAAUCAGGAGAGCUUCAGCUCAGAGGGAGAAAAAGAGGAUACUUGCACAAGCACUUGUCAUCCCGACCUCAAAGCAUGUGGGAAGGAGAGCUCCAUUUCGUACGGAGUAAAGAGACAGCAGAGUGUAUUUCCGGGGGAGAAACGUUCGGAGGAGUCUGGAGGCCACGAUCUCUAUGGGCAGAGCUCCUCUGCCAGAGAGGGGCGGCAGAGACACAUGCUCAUGGACUCUGAUGAGAAACCUAAGAUUUCCUGUCUACGUGGAAAAGCACCGGCAAAUGUGAUUGUGCAUCAGUGCAAUAACACAGGAGAGAAACCCUUUUCCUGCUCAGUACAUGAGGCGACCCCCAGUCCCAAAAAGAACAUGAAAUCCCAUCAGAGAACACAUGCAGGGGAUGAGUGUCAUGCUAAAGACCAGAGCCUCGACGUAAAACAAAGCACAUCUUUGACAACAGAAGCAGAAGACACCAAAAGAUCAACACUUUGCCAAACAGAUUCUCCUGAACAUAAGCCUAUGAUGUCACAUGAACUCAAGAUGGCAUCUGCAAACUUAGAGGACCAAACUCUCCAUUUGACUGUCCGACUGCAGGCAGGAGAGGACGAGGAGGAAGAAGCAGAGGAACAGGAUGAAGAAAUUGGUGGUUUAAUCAACUCUGAUGGAGAAGUGGUUGAAUGGGAUGCCAGACACAGUCCUGACCGAGGCUCUGAUUGCACAGAAAGUUUUCCGCCUACCAAGGGUGUUGUCCUGUCUGAGUCUCAGCUGCAAGGCCAAAACCAGAGAGACAGCAGUAGUCCAACGCUCAUCAUGGAAGUUGUGUCUGUGGGGGAAGAUGAAGAAAGGGAAGAAGGGGAGGAAAAAGAAAGAGUAGUAAAAAUGGCAGCUGUCUCGCCCUUAUAUCGCGGAAAGAGACAAAGAAGAAAGAAGAAGGUUCCAGAAAUAACAGUGGUGUCGUUGGAUGUCUCAGACGCAGAGAAAGAAGCUCCCGCAAAUCCUGUAAAAAGAAGGGGCAAAAGAAAGAUUUCAAAACCUCCACUGUUGUCUGUUGAAGACCUAGAGGCAGAGCCAGGAAUAUCAAGGCGCACCCGAAGAAAGAGAAAUGUCCCUACCUACGUGGAAUCAGAAGAAUCCAACUCAAAAACUGUCCGCCGUGUUGCUGCAAAGCGACCUCACAGAAGAAAGAAAGAUACCAAACUAUCUGCUGAAGGAGAAGGAGGAAACACACGGGUGUCUGCUGUGAAGAAACGCCCUGGCAGAAAGAUGGUUCAUGUUCCAAUAGAAAUACCUCCUGAGCUCCUGAAGAAGCCCAAAGAGAAGAUGGAGUACCACUGCUCAGUGUGUAGCAAAGAAUUCCCUCAUGCCUACAAACUUGAGAGGCACGAGCUGAUCCACACAGGAGAGAAACCGUACUGCUGCUCCAUCUGUGGUCGGGGUUUCAACCAGAAGGGAAAUCUCAAAACGCACUACAAAGUCCACUUAGGUCGUAAGGGUGCUGUGGAUUUUGACGAUGAGGUGAAUCCCAUAGCGUCAGAGCUCACCGAAUAUUUAAAGUCUCUGCCGGGUGAGUCCAGGAUCAGAUCAUCCCUCCGUUGCCUGGAAUGUGGAAAUGAAUGUGAGAGUCAAUCAGCUUUACAAGCACACCACAUUACCACACACACAGGCUCAGCGGGUGAAUCCGACGCAGUCGAGCAAAGCUCAUCACAGCUUCUCUUCUGCCGCCGCUGUGGCAUCCAGUUCAACGAAAAAGAAAAGCUGGAAGAACAUAUGAAAACCCACAUCAAGGAGAAGCGCUACUCGUGUCCCGACUGUGGCAAGAGGUUCAUCAAUGAAAGCUACAUACAAAUCCACCAGCGCAUCCAUACUGGGGAGAAGCCUUUCCUGUGCUCCCAGUGCGGCAGAGGUUUCCACACGGCUUCCUCUCUCAAGCUGCAUGAGAUGCAGCACUCUGGGGAGAGGCCGUUCGCAUGUUCCAUCUGUGGGAAGACGUUUCGGAUAAACUCGUACCUAACAGCACAUUACCAGACCCAUAUUAAAGAAAGACCUUUUAUUUGUAGUGUCUGUGGGAAAGGCUACUCUAGAGCUGAGGAACUGAAGGUGCACCACAGGCUCCACACUGGAGAAAGACCCUACGAGUGCGGAGAGUGUGGGAAGAGCUUCAUUUACCGCCAGGGUCUGCGGCAGCAUCAGCGCACACAUGCUGGAAAACGCAUCGGCCCAACCAGACAGCUCGGUAGACCGAAGCAACCGGCCAGGCUGGACAUCAGUUGCAUAAAAAACACACACGCUAAAAAGAUGUCUGCCAUGACGAAUGUGCAAGAGGAAGAAGAUGCAGUUGGUCGUUUGAUCAACGCCAAUGGAAAAGAGUUAGAAUGGGAUCCUGGCCGCUCUAAUAGAAGAAGCCUGGACUCGUCUUGCUGCUGCCAUGUGUGUGGAAAAAAAUUCUUGAAGACCAGAGCUCUACAGCGACACCAGAGGACCCACACUGGAGCCAAACCUCAUACAUGCUCCCAUUGUGGGACAGCAUUCAGUGUCCUGAAGCGACACCAUUUGAUCCACACCAAAGAGAGAGCUUUCUCCUGUCCAGUGUGUGACAAGAGAUUUUCUCGCAAGGACAAGCUGAAGGAACACCUCAGCAUACACGGAUGUUCAGCUAAAGCCAAGGAAGCUGCGGAAGCUUUGGGUGGAGUGGAGACUGCCGACACUACCAUCAGCUCAGAUACGUCGCAUUUGGAGAUCAAGUCUGCUGGGAAAUUCACCAACAUGGCCGCAUUAGAGGACCGUUUCCCUCAUCCUGAAGGGGCUCAAUCAUCAGUGGACAUCUGCUUCUGUCAUUUGUGUUGGACUCAAUUUUCAGAGAAACAACUUUUAGAAGGUCACUUGAAACAAGCCCAUGAAUCAAAGAAACCGUUUUCCUGCACCCAGUGUGGCAAAAGAUUCAUGUAUGUCCCAAAAUUAAAAGAACAUGAAGCUGGUCACGAGGGUCUGAAGCCCCACCAGUGCCCACAGUGCAAUAAAGGUUUCCAGACCUCAAAGGGACUCGAGAACCACAUGCGAGAUCACACAGGUGAGAAACCUUUCCCGUGCAUUACAUGUGGAAAAAGGUUCAAGCAGGAAUCUACUCUGAGAGCACACUAUGUGACACACUCUGGAGAGAGGCCUCACCUCUGCUCCAUCUGUGGGAAACGCUACGCAAGGGCUGAAGAGCUUAAAGUUCACCUCAGAGUUCAUACAGGAGAGAAGCCGUACCAGUGUGACGACUGUGGGAAGAGUUUCUACUACAGGCAAGGCUUCAACAACCAUAAGAAGACUCACAGUGCUAAACCCAUAGAGCCCACCAGGCAGCUGGGCAGACCCAGACAGAUGGGGAGUACCAGGAAGUCAAGCAGGCCCAGGAAGAUCUCACAGAGAGCUCCGCCUGAUUCAGAUGGAGAGGACCUGACCUGGGAGCCUCCUGAACUCGGAAAUAGGCCCCUGCAUCACCAUGACAACCAAGAAACCCAUGCUGCAGAGAACCACAGCCAAACAUCUGUGUGGAACGGUGGUCAUUAUACAGCAUUCAUCCCGUGGGACCAAAACCCAAAUAUGUCUCACUGGUGCGCAGCAGAGGGCCACCAGGCUUAUGGUGCUCCAGCAGGAGCAAGCAUUAAUUCCAGUGCCUUGCUCAGGGGCACAGUGGAACAGGAGCACUUUAAAGAGAGCUGUCCAGCGGAGCAGCCCUCCUGGCCUUCUGGGACUUCCUCUGUAUCCCCCUCUGAGCCUGGGCUCACCACACUCCUCCCACACAACACCAAAUCGAAGAAGAUGCACCUGAGCGAGAUGGGUGCCGAGUUAAAUCACCAUGAGGAACACAGACCUGAAACGCAGGACCAGGAUGACAGAACAGAACCUACAGAAGAAACUUUAAAAGGACCAGAACCUGAAAGCAGCUCCAAUGAACAGCCUCAGGAAAAGCCAUCUGAGGGGCCGAAACAAUGCCGGGGGCUUCGCAGACUCAAGAAGAACUACAACUGUCCGACCUGUGGGAAAGUUUUCUCUCACAACCCUGCUCUGCAACGACACCUUGUGAUUCACUCGGGGAAAAGACCUUUUAAGUGCUUUAUAUGUGGGAGAGGAUUCACACAGAGCGGAAACCUCAAAACACACAUGAAAGUUCACAAAGGAGAGUUACCAAAUUGGACAUUAGUUCAAGAGACGAGUCCACCUAAAGAAUCUCCUGUAACAGUUCAUGUGUGUGGAGAGUGUGGCAUGGACUUCCCUCAGAAACAACAGCUGGAGGCACACUGCCAGAGUCACAAAAAGCCUUAUGCGUGUCCUGACUGUGGCAAGACAUUUAAAAACAAAUAUUAUUUUAAAAUACAUAAGCGCAUUCACUCAGGAGAUUCACCUUUUCUCUGUUCAGAGUGCGGAAAGAGUUGUGUCACAGCAGAUUCGCUUAAAAAACACGAGUUGACGCACACUGGAGAAAAGAAUUUCCACUGUGAUCAGUGUGGGAGGGCAUUUUCACAAUCCUCCCACCUCAACGUGCACCUCAAGACUCACACUGGAGAGCGGCCUUACCUCUGCUCAAUCUGCGGUAAAAGUUACUCCAAAGCAUCCCAUCUGAAAGUUCACCUGCGAGUUCACACCGGAGAUAAACCGUAUACUUGUGAGAAAUGUGGCAAGUGCUUCUAUUACUCUCAAGGUUAUCGAAAGCAUCUGAUGAUUCACGACAAGAAGCCAAAACCUCCAGCAAAACCCUUGGGGAGACCAAAACAAUAGCUGUUAGUGGUAAAUAAUCAAUAAUGUCAGCUGAUAAUUCACAAUAGUCUGAGAGAAUAUAAAAGAAAAAAGUAAAUAUAUUACAGAUUGCCAAUUAAUUACUGUGUUAAAUAAAAUAUAUUUUCCAAAUGACUGAAGGGAUUGUUUAAGCAAUAUGAUAGUAAUGACGUGUACUGUAUAUGGUGUACUGUACAGUCAGCUCCAUUGUUAUGUAGGCUACAAGUAGAAAAUAAAUCAUGACAUAGUGAAUCAUUAA